GAUUUUUUUCUGACUGUGACUCAUAUUCCGGUGAAAAUCUUCAUGAUUAUUGGAACUGUGACUCCAAAAACUCCUAUAACAUCUGUUGUAGAUAGCUGUCAGAUGCCUAGCCUAACGACAUCGUCGAUUCCUGUAUCUUCAGGUUCUGAGAAUACUAGUGGUGUGCUUCUUAGCAAUUUAUGGACUCAGCUUGACCACAUUCAAUCUACAAUUCCGGACAGAUUAUCGGUUGCUAUGUUAGAGAGUGCUGGUGUGCAAAUGGAAAACAGCGACCCACGACUUGCCCGUUUAAUCAGUCUAGCUGGUCAAAAAUUUCUGACUGAUAUCCUUUCUGAUGCUAUGCUUCAUUGGCGCCUUGCAAAUGGACAACCUACUGGGCUGCUAAACCAUCCUAGUGUGUCCACAUCUAUACCAGGUCAAGCAUCUAAUCCGUCCUCCAUAAAUCCUAUUACAACACCAACGAGCAACCCAAGUCAGUCUAUUCCACAAUCUCCAUCAUCUAGUAAGUACAGCUCAAUCUACUUGUGAUUUGUUAUAACAGUGUUACAUUCACAAAAGUCUCUUCCGUAUAGACUAAAAACACAAAAGAGCGUUGGAAGUUGUAGAUCUAUACAAGAUAAUUAGAGAAGUCCAACCUAUGGUUGCUUAAGGUGAUUGAAUAAUUCUAUCCGCUUAUCCAAUUCAACUUAUAUCCUAAUCGAUUUUCGUUCUAGUCUUCUGUUAUAUAGGUUAAUUUUGAGUGUUUGAUAAGUAACGUUCAGUUUUGGAUUUCUAAAAUAAGUAAACAGAAUACAAAUCAAUAAAUGAUCCAAUGUGGUCAAAUGGUAACAGACUUCUUUUGGUAAUCAGAGAGGGGUUUUGUGGAAAUCUAGUAAUUUAAUAGUUGUAAAAACCAUACAUUAAAUACUUCAUUUGUGAAUUUCCACCAUUUAUCGUUCACAUUCUGUAUGAUUCCUCCAAUUCACAAUUUUUUCUAUUUCCAUUUCUGUUCUCUUCAGCUUGAUCUUCUUAGCUUUCUGCUGCCAGGUUUUCCAUUUCCGACCUGUGUUACAUACUACUUAUGUCGACAGACAUAAGUAGCAUACAUCACGGUAUAAUAAAAUGGUUUCGAUUGUCUAUUCUUAUAACUUAGUCCCAAACAAGGUUCUUGUUGAAGAAUAAUGUACUGAUAGCGGUAUUUGUUUUCCUCUUGUAUUAUAAUAUACAGACCAGUCUGUUUGCUUUUUAAAAGUAAAACCUGGGUAAUACUAAUACUAUUAAAUUUUGUUUUAAAUUCGCACCAUUCAUGUCGACGUUCUAAGCAGAAUAGAAGUUCGUGGUAGUCUCUGAAUAUAACACUGUGACAUGCUACUCACUUUUUACUUUAAUGCUUUAGCUUUACUAUUGUGUUUAAGUCUUGGCCAAGAUGUUAAAAUACCACUUCAUUGUCAUGUGCGAUCUCUUUAAGACGACUAUCUACUUGUUUCCCGUCCAUGAAGUUCCACGUCUCUC